CUCGGCAACAACUCACAAUUACACCAUCUUAGUCGCUGCUGCGACAGCCGACAACCUAGUCUAACUACUCCUUAUUUGCGGUCCUUUCUGACGCUAUCUGGCCGUUGACUCGCCAUGGCCUUCUUAUUCAAAUCUAAAAAGAACCAGGACAGGACCGUACAAAGUCGCGAUGGCCCUCCCGGAUCAGCGCCCCAAAUGCCAGGCCCUGCCGGGCGCAUUGUCAGAGAGGAAAAGAGCUCGCACACCCGGUCAACUCCAACUGGAAGUUUGAAUUCCUUCGACGAAGCCACUCCGAGCCCAGAUACCGACAAGUACGCCGGCCGACGAGGCCAGGAACCACCGCAACAGAUGCCGCAAAUGCAAUCACCUCCGCAGCAACCUCCGCAGCAAUCUAGCGACUUGCCCUUUCGCAAUGGUCCUCCACCACAAAAUGCGAACGCCUCAUUGUAUCCGUGGUCGCAGCGGCGAUUAACAUCCGCACCCUCUUCUCCCGGCCCCUUUCCUAGGUAUGGAGCGGCUGUCAAUUCCAUAUCAUCCAAAGAGGGCGACAUCUACAUCAUGGGCGGUUUGAUCAAUAGUUCGACCGUUAAAGGUGACUUAUGGAUGAUUGAAGCUGGAGGAAAUAUGUCUUGUUAUCCGCUGGCGACCACCUCUGAAGGUCCCGGGCCGAGGGUUGGCCAUGCCUCUCUCCUAGUCGGCAAUGCAUUUAUCGUAUACGGCGGCGAUACCAAGAUCGACGAGACCGAUAUCUUGGACGAGACUCUUUAUCUUCUCAAUACCUCCACAAGACAGUGGUCAAGAGCUCUCCCAACCGGACCUCGACCGUCUGGACGCUAUGGGCACUCGCUAAACAUAAUUGGAUCCAAGAUUUACAUCUUUGGAGGCCAAGUAGAGGGAUACUUUAUGAAUGAUCUUGCCGCCUUCGAUCUUAACCAAUUGCAGAUGCCCAAUAAUCGAUGGGAAGUGCUUACCGAAAACAGUGAACCUGGCGGAGCUCUGCAAGGCAAAUUGCCACCGGCUAGAACGAACCAUUCCGUAAUCACAUAUAAUGAUAAGUUAUACUUGUUCGGAGGCACAAACGGCUUUCAAUGGUUCAACGAUGUAUGGAGUUAUGAUCCCGCGGUCAACAAGUGGACACAGUUAGACUGUAUUGGAUAUAUCCCCGUUCCCAGGGAAGGCCACGCUGCCUCGCUAGUCGACGACGUCAUGUAUGUUUUUGGUGGGCGCACAGAAGAUGGCGCUGACUUGGGCGAUUUGGCUGCUUUCCGAAUCUCCUCUCGACGCUGGUACACCUUUCAGAACAUGGGUCCAUCGCCUUCGCCUCGCUCAGGCCACAGUAUGACGACCGUCGGGAAAUCGAUCGUUGUAGUGGGGGGUGAACCAAGCUCAACUACGACCCAGGUCAAUGACCUCUCAAUUGUCUAUGUUCUCGACACUACCAAGAUCCGGUACCCCAAUGAUGCCCAGAUCCAGUCCAAUACCCAGAAGAUCCAGCAAGCAAGGCGACCGAGUGGGAGCGACCUUAUUCCGGGUGUUCGGCAAACGCCAUCCCGUGAGGGGUCUGCUGGACCUGACCCUAAGAGGGUAGCAAGCCCUAACAGUCCAACAAGUAGCACCGGAAGAGGCGGCGCUAGUAUAGAUAUUACUGGCCCCCCUCCUAUCAGCAACGGAUUAUCGAAGCUUCCAAGAGCAGCAGGAACUUCAACCCCUUCAGGGCCUCCACCACAAGGCCAGCCUCCCAGGCCAAAUAUCGAUGCUAGCAUGGCUGGCCGCCGUGCCAGAAACGCAUCCGUUGAACGUAUAGAGAGAGAGGCUGCGGCCGCUGGUACGUCUGGCAUCAACAAUCAAAGACAGUCCCCCGUGCCGCGAGAUGUGAUUAGGGAGGAAGCCCCAGUCACCAACGGAAGGCGAACACCGAACUCACAGAGCACCCGGAGCGGUUCCCGAACGGAAAACCCGCCUGCAGAUGCGAACAGGUCGAAGCAGUCACGCCAAACCCGUGGCCAGGGAUCUGUCGACAGCAGCACAGAGCCCACUUUGAAAAGCGUGGCAAAUCGCCCCUCUUCUCCGCCUCCACCAACUCGACAACCGAGCAAUCCUUUGUCCAGGAAAGGUUCGAAUAGGAAUUCGCAGACCGUUGCACUGUUAAAGGAGCUCGAUACUGCUCGAAACAGAAAUGCAUGGUACGCGUCGGAGCUAGAGUUGGCCCGUAAGGCGGGAUAUACGUCAAACGCAACUCUGAGUCCUACUUUGGAGAGCCGGGCUGCAGAGACGUUCGAUGACGACGACAAGAGACUGAUUGAGUCCUUGUUAGCGAUGAAGCAAGAAUUAGCCAACGUCCAGAGUUCCAUUGAUAAGCAAGCAAUUCUUGCAGCAAAACAAAUCGCCGAGGUAGAACGACAACGAGAUGCUGCAGUUCGAGAAGCCGCCUAUGCUAGGGCAAAGAUAGCAGCACAAACGGGAAGCGCAUCUAGCACGCCGCAGUUGGAUAAUGAAAGGGAUUUGGACAAUGUUGAUCGCUCUGCCGAUUUAAACAAGAAGCUUGCCUCUGCACUGAACGUUCAAAGGGAGUUGCAAAAUAGUCUCGCUCGAGCAUCCUCGGAGCUUGAAGCGGAGAAGCGUGCCCGACAACUUGCAGACGAGACACUAGGUGCAACCCAAAAGCGUAUAGCUGAUUUAGAGUCUUAUAAGCAGCAAACGUCUUCGGAGCUUGAGCAACUGAGGGCUGAAUUGCAUAUGGCCCAGCGCGAAGCACGAGAGCAAUCAGUUGCCGGCGCCGAAGCUAUUGCCGCUGUACAACUUCUACGUCUUGAGAAGGAUGAAUUUGAAAAUAAGUACAACGAAGUUGCUGAUAGCUCGAAGGAGCAUGACGAGACCUUGGAGUCUCUUCGAGGGGCUGUGGUGGCAUCAGCAGACAUGCGCGCACACCUUGAGCGGAAACUCGACGAGGAACGGUCUCAGCGCGAAAAGAUCGAAGCUAAGCUCACCAAGCUCAAGGCGGAACACGAAUCACAUACUGCCGAACUAGAAUUUGUAACACAACGACUACGGGAUGCUGAAGAACUCGCUGAGCGAAAUGCAGCAGAGGCGAACACUCAUCGCCAAGCCUUAAUUUCAGGGCUGGAGAAGAUCACUAAAGAGCCAAACAAAGUAAACCGGGUUGAUGCAGAACGUGUUGUUGUUUUGCAUGGGCAAGUUGAGGCUGCGAACAAUCUCGUGAAGAAAUACAGGCAAGAGGCAGAUGAUGCUGCAGAUAAACUCCGAAGGGCUGAAGAACGAAUCGCUGGGCUUGAAGCCUACCAAGAGCAAUCGAGCAGGGAGGGCGUGUCGAUCCGUCGACAGCUACAAUCUGCUUUAAGGGAAACACAGUCACUGCAGGCCAUGAACUCGGAUCUCAAGAACCAGCUUGCCAACCAACAACUGGAGACUAACGCUAUGACCGUUCAACACAACACACUAAAAGACAUUCUGGCUGAAAGGGGUAUUAGCCCAACUAACAUUGCCCGAGUGAGAGGCAUGGGCUCUAGAGCAGCCUCGCCUGAUCUUACUCGUGCCAACGAGCUGGAACGGCAACUUGCACAAGCUGUUGCGGCCCACGAUGAAAUGAAGCAGAAUUUUGUGGUCCAACUUCAGGAGUCUGAGGCUACCUAUCGUAACAGAAUAGCCCAGCUGGACAAUGACUACCAGUCGGCUGUUUCCUAUGUUAAGGGCACAGAGAAGAUGCUGAAGAAGUUGAAGCUAGAAUUCGGGCAGGCUCAAACCGAAAAUAAUCGCCUUAAGAAGGAGAAUAUGGAGCUAGAAGAACGCUCUUUAUCUCGGGAUGAUGCCACAGCCUCGAAUUGGGAAGUUGAACGCUCAUCGUUGGAGAAGAAGAUCGAGUCUCUUCAGGACCAACUGAAGGAAACCUCGUCACGCUUGGAAGGAGAGCUUGCGGAAUUGCGGAAGAAACUAGACUUGGCAAAGAAUGAGCGUGAUAGCACAGCCAAGUCCCACGAAGAUAUUGUCCAGCGACUAGAUAUCCGGGAGAGAGAGCUUGAACAAAUGCAGCACGAGAAUUCACUCCUUGAGAAACAAGUUCAAGAAGCUGAAUCAAAAGUCAGUUUACUACUUGAUCAAGUCGAGAGUUCCGUAGACAACUACCGGAGACGCAGCCAUAUCGGCACAGACCAGAUGAUGAUCCCUAGUGCAAAUGGCUUGGGCCAUAGUCGACAGGAGAGUUCGGAGGUUGAGAGCAUCUAUGGAGGAGUUGGCGAUGCCAGAGGCAGCAUGGCCCUGAAGGAUCUGGCUUCGGAGCUUGACCAGUUACGCUCAAAGUGGGAAGCUACAACAAGCAACAACUACAGGCUUUCGAACACUUUUGAGUUUGAGAAGGUUGGCAGCAAGAAAGAUGACGAUGCUGUAGGCCUCAGUCUUAGUGGGAAUCUAGCUGACUGGAGAGCACGGCUGGAUGCAGAAGAACGCGAGGGUAAUAAUCAUCAUGCUUCAUGAAACCCACCCUCAUGAAUGCGAGAAUGAUCUUGGCCUCAACAAAACUCCUGUACAUUCCGCCCAUGACUUGACAACGGCGUUGACGUGUAACAACGCAUAUCCGAUUAUA